GUCACGUGCAGUCCUGUACGUACAGUGCCGUACUGUUGAAAACCACAAAGCUCAACAUCGUCUUCAUAUCUUACUUUACGAACAAUCAAAACUUCAUACACCAUCGAGCAUCCCCCUCCUAGUAACGAUAGCUCUCGAUUACCGUCUCUCACGACGUCCCAUCUCAUACCGAGACCUCUCAACAUGGGCUGGUGGUGGCGCUCCGACCCAGAAGCACCUAUCAAGCCCUCAAAUCACAGCGCACUCGCCGCAGCAUGCGAAGUCGCCGACAUGACCAGCCCCAACGUAUCCACACUGCGACAACAGCCCGACCUCCUCCCUACCCAACCCGAUGUACCAAACCGCAGUCCCCCUGACAGCUCGCUUUAUCCAUCCACGAUGUCCUGUCGCGAUGCAUUCGACGCCGCGUACUACUGUGCGUCAUUCGGAGGCAAGUUCAACGACAUAUACCGCUACGGCGAGCUGCGGUCGUGUAGCGAGCACUGGGGCCAAUGGCGGUUUUGUAUGCGACUGAAAGUGCUGCAGCCACAAGAGAGAGAGCAGCGGGUCAGGGAAUUCUACAGAGAGAAAGAGGCGCAUACGAGGGUUGGGAGAAAUAGCGAAGAGGUGUGGAAGAGGAGGACGGAUAUACCCGAGAGGUACAUGUGGAAGAAUCCGGAUACGAUGGAGCCGAUUGAGGGGUUGGAGGAGAAAGCUUGAGAAGAAAAAUAGACAGGAAUCAAAUAUAUAUAUAUACAACAAUCGAGGAAUACGUAGGUAUCAGCUGUGUAAUACAUGUACUAUACAUAUAUGUAU